AAAAAAAAAUUGUUUCGAUUCUUACAAUCAAACCAAACAAGAUGAUAGGGUUGGGAUGGUGUUUCAUUCUCUGUAUCGUCUGUUCCCUCCUCUCCAUCUCCAACAUAGCCCAUCAUGCGGUUGCUUCUCCUGCAAGUCACCAGUGCCGCCCCGACCAGAAGGAUGCUCUUUUGGAGUUCAGAAGCGAGUUCCAGAUUCAGAAUCUCGUCUACCUUCCGUACUUUGACUUUGACGACGACGCUGCCUUUCUUGUCAGGAACGUCACGUGCUAUCCCAAGGCGAAGUCGUGGGGGAACAACAACAACGAUUGCUGUGUCUGGGACGGUGUCACGUGCCAUCCCAACUCCGGCGAGGUGAUGGCCCUGGAUCUUAGUUUCGGCUGUCUCCACGGCCGGUUUCAUUCCAACAGCAGUCUUUUUCGGCUGCGAAAUCUUCAGGCAGUGAAUCUUUCUUUCAACAAUUUCAGUUCUUCUCCUAUCCCGUCUCAGUUCAACGAACUCGCAGGGUUAACACAUCUCAACCUCUCUUAUUCAUCCUUCUCGGGUCAAGUUCCGGCCGAGCUUCUGCAGCUUACCAAGUUGGUAUCUCUUGAUCUAUCUUUUAAUUCACUUUCCACUGAGAAACCAUUUCUCAGUGAACUUGCGCAGAACUUGACUGAACUUAAAGAACUUGAUCUAAGCGCCACAAGCAUUUUCACUACCGUUCCCCGAAGCUUUCUGAAUCUUUCCUCCCUCAGAUCGCUUUCCCUUGGAAUGUGCGGCUUGUUUGGUGAAUUCCCGACCGAUAUUCUACGGAUGCCUGCACUUCGAUCCGUCAGUUUGUUUGGCAAUUCGAUGAGAGGGUAUCUUCCCGAAUUUGGCGAGGAUAACUCUCUAGUGAAGUUGCACCUCUCUUAUACCUCUUUCUCGGGUGCCAUACCAAGCUCUGUCGCCAAUCUCAAGCAUCUGAAUGCUUUGAGACUUGGAUUUUGCAAUUUCUCGGGGAGGAUUCCUUCUUCGAUCGGAAACCUUUCAUCUCUCGCCACUCUCCGCCUUUCAUCUAACAAAUUUUCCGGUGAGAUUCCAUCCUCCGUUGGAAAUCUUUCGUAUCUGACCACCGUCGACCUUUCCCGGAAUGAUUUCUCCGGCCAAAUUCCCUCUUCAAUCGGAAACCUUUUCUACCUCACCUCUCUCCAUCUUUCCUCGAAUGAGUUUUCCGGAGAAAUUCCGUCGUCAAUGGGAAACCUUUCACAUCUUUCCUCCCUCGAUCUUUCUCGGAAUAUUUUUUCCGGCGAAAUUCCGUCUUCAAUGGCAAACCUUUCACAUCUUUCCUCCCUCGACCUUUCUCGGAAUAAAUUUUCCGGCGAAAUUCCCUCUUCAAUUGGAAACCUUUCGUAUCUCUCCUCCCUCGACCUUUCAUCUAAUAACUUUACCGGUCAAAUUCCGUCUUCAAUCGGUAACCUUUCAUAUCUCACCGCCCUCGACCUUUCCUGGAACAAUUUUUCCGGUGGGAUUCCGUCUUCCAUUGCCAACCUAAACCGACUAACGAAAUUGGCAGUUUCUGGGAACAAUCUCAACAGCAGCAUUCCCCUUGGAAUAUGGAAUCUAACAAGGCUGUCUCUUAUAGAUCUCAGUCACAAUCAGUUGACAGGAUCUUUCCCGCCGAACACGAGUUCUCUCUCCAAUUUGAAGCAAUUUAAUGGAGCUGGGAAUCACUUUGUCGGAGCCUUCCCUUCUUCCCUGCUUGCAAUCCCUUCAUUGGAUGAGAUCGAUUUGAGCGAAAACAAACUCAGCGACUUUGUAGAUUUUGGGGAUUUAUCUCCGACAUCUAAGCUACGGGUUUUAUCCGUUGGUCAAAACAAUUUCAACGGGCCGAUCCCGACAUCUAUCUCGAAGUUGGUCAAUCUCAAUGAGCUUGACCUCUCCAACUGGAACACAGGAGGAAACACCGUUGACUUCAGCGUUUUCUCCCAGCUCAAGUCGCUCCGGCAAUUGCUCUUGUCUGAUCUGAACACGACGACCACGCUUGACUUGAGUCUACUCUCCCCUCUACAGUCGUUGACCACGUUGGACCUCUCACGCAAUCAUGUUUCGACAACAAACACGAGUUCGGUCUCUGAUUUUUCACAGCAACUGGUGUACUUGCAUUUAUCAGGCUGCAACGUCAUUGAGUUUCCCGAGUUGGUAAGAACCCAGCAGAAUUUGCAAAUCGUUGAUCUUUCCGACAACAAGAUCAAAGGCGAAAUGCCAGAUUGGUUAUGGAGACUGCCGAGUUUAUACUACGUGAAUCUUUCUCACAACUCUUUCAACAAUCUUCAAGGAUCAUCAUCAUCACAAAUGUUUCCUGGAUCUGAUCUUGUUAUGGUGGAUCUAAGUUCGAAUGCUCUCCAAGGACCACUCUUCAUCCCUUCUCAAUCUGUUGCCUUUCUGUUCGGAUCCGGAAACAAUUUCUCCGGAGGCAUCCCCGAAUCAGUAUGUGCCUUGAGAUCUUUAAGAAUACUCGAUUUGUCGGACAAUAACUUCAACGGCUCUGUUCCUAUGUGUUUGGAGAAUCUCAAGGGAUCUCUCUCUGUUUUGAACCUUCGCCAUAACCAACUCAGCGGAAGUAUUCCGGAAAUAUUUAUCGGCGCCAACACAUUGAGGUCACUUGAUCUCAGUCACAACCGGUUGGAGGGAAAACUUCCUAAAUCUCUGGAGAGCUGCAGCAGUCUUCAGGUGUUGAACGUGGAAAGCAACAGAAUCAAAGACACGUUUCCGUUUUGGUUGAAGUCAUUGCAAGAGCUUCGAGUUCUCGUCCUCCGCUCAAACGAAUUUUAUGGCCCUAUAUAUAGUCCCCGCAUUUCUCUUGGGUUUCCCGAGUUACGGAUCAUCGACAUAUCGCAUAAUCACUUCAAUGGAUCCAUGCCAUCGGAUUACUUUUCGAAUUGGGCGGCUAUGUUGUCAACUGUGGCACGUGAAGACAGUUUUGGUUACAUGCGGAUGGUCUAUUACAGCGACUCGGUGGUUUUGAUGAACAAAGGAUUAGAGAUGGAGUUUGUCCGAAUCCUUAAAAUCCUUACAGCCAUUGAUUUUUCUGGAAAUAGAUUCCGAGGAAGGAUUCCUGAAUCUGUUGGCCUUCUGAAGGAACUGCAUGUCCUUAACUUUUCAAGCAAUGAGUUCACAGGCCACAUCCCGUCAUCAUUGUCGAACCUGACCGAGCUCGAGUCCUUAGACUUUUCCCAAAACAUGCUCUCAGGAAGGAUCCCUACAGAACUUGGCGACCUAUCGUUCCUAGCGUACAUAAACUUCUCGUGCAACCGACUUGUUGGGCCAAUACCUCAAGGAACACAGUUUCAAAGGCAACCCAAUUCUUCUUUCGAGCACAAUCUCGGUCUUUGUGGUGCUCCUCUCAACCAAGUCUGUGGAAAUGUCAAGACACCAACAUCACAAACAAAGGAACCAGAUCAAGAAGAAGAAGUCAUCAGUUGGAUAGCUGUCGGGAUAGGCAUGGCACCUGGUUUGGCAUUCGGAUGGACAGUCGGUUACAUCGUAGCUUCGUACAAGCACGAGUGGUUUACGAAGAUUCUUGGUCGGAACAGCAAACGUUAGACGCUCGGCAGCUAGUUAGCCACUGGGAUUGCUAAGCAAUUGUUGAAGUUUGUGAAGUACUUUUGUCCAUUCUUUAUUUUCUUUUGGUCUUUUCAUACAGUUUGAAUUUGAAACGUGAUCAAAUGUUAUGCACUUAGUCGCUAAUCUCUGCAUUAUGCUAA